UUUUUUUUUUCAUUCUUAGUAUGAACUUUUUCCAAAAUUAUUCUACUGCAAGCGCACAAAAUAAAUCUGAGACCAAAUCACAUAUUAAACCAUGGGUAGAAAAAUACCGCCCAAAAACUAUUGACGAUAUCUCUUCCCAGGAACAAGCUGUAGCAGUAUUGAAAAAAGCAUUACAGUCGAACAAUUUGCCACAUUUACUAUUCUAUGGACCACCUGGUACUGGUAAAACAUCUACUAUUUUAGCUCUAGCACAAGAACUUUACGGUCCAAAGUUUGCCAAAUCUCGUACUCUUGAACUGAAUGCAUCUGACGAACGUGGUAUCAACAUUGUCCGAGAAAAAAUCAAAAACUUUUCCCGUUCUACUUUGACAGCUAGUGACACUGAUAGCAAAUACCCUAAUCCUCCAUACAAAAUUAUCAUUCUGGAUGAAGCUGAUUCUAUGACAAAAGAUGCCCAAUCUGCAUUACGAAGAACAAUGGAAGCAUACUCGAAAACAACUCGUUUCUGUAUUAUCUGUAAUUACGUCAGUCGUAUCAUCGAACCUAUUACUUCAAGAUGUGCCAAAUUUAGAUUCAAACCGCUUCCUGUUGCUGAUCUUACUAGUCGUCUUGAAAUGAUUUGUAACAAAGAAAAUGUAACUUUGGCUAAUGGCACUAUGAACGCAUUGAUCAAAGCAUCAAAUGGUGAUCUCCGUAAAGCAAUCACUUUCUUACAAAGUGGAGCAAAUCUACAUAAAACUGAAAGCGUCACUGUGGGAACGAUCAACGAAAUGGCUGGGCUCAUUCCGGAUGAUACUAUGCAAAAUAUAAUCAAGAAACUGGAAUCUGGAAAUACAAAUGAUAUUGAAGAAUUGGCACAAGAUCUGAUGAACGCUGGCUAUUCUGGAGAACUAUUGGUAUAUCAGCUGCACGACGUGAUAUCACGAAAUGAAUUCUUAAAUUUGACAUCAUUACAACAAAGCAAGAUUUCUCAAAUCCUGGGUACGGCUGAUUUUCAUCUUAUUCGUGGUGCUGAUGAACAUAUACAAAUAUUGAACGUCUUAUUACAGUUGGGUCUGAUAAUUUCGGAAUAGUAUAGCUCCUUUUUUUAGAAAAUAAAAAAAAAAAAUUAAGGAUUUUUUUUUUUUGGAUGUAUUAUAGUAUUUGAUUGGUCAACAAAAUUGCAUGAAUGGAUUUUAUAGAUGCGAGUCACAUCACCAUCAGUUUGAAAAGAAUAAAGUCGGUGUUAAAAAAUUUCCCUUUCCUUUUCCUUUUUCUUUCAACCUUUUUUUUUUUUUUUUACUUUU